AAGGGUAUGACCAAAAUGAAUUCCAAUUUUUUUCUUUUCUGUUUUGGCACCAGACAAGCAAAACAAAAAUAGAGGAGUGUUGGCCUUGCAAUGAAGGCAGCAGCAAAACUGAGAGUUUUGGAGUAGUUUUGGGUCCAACCUCAUUUGACUUGAGGUUAGUGUAUUAUAUAGCAACUUAUAAAUACUUGGGAAGGCCAAGAGUGCUUCAACCAGCCAAAGACACAGCUCAGCAGCUGAGUUGGUGGAUAAUGUCUGCAGAGGAGACAUCAGCUGGUGACCCCACCAGAAUUAAUGAACAACAACAGAAUGCUAGUGUUGGUGGAGUGGUGACAAUCUCUAUCGAUGUAUUACGAACUACUAUGAGGGAAAUGAUACAAGAAGCAAUGCAAGAUAUGAACACGCAACGAAAUGUUUGGAGGCAAUCUGGGGGGAAUGAGGGUCCAGAGGGGAUUGAAUUGUUUGAGGAGGAUCCUGAAUAUCAAGCCAAACUGAAGCAGUUUCAGAAGUGGCAUCCAUCUACCUGUAGGGGUACACAGGACACCAAAGAUGCUGAUGAGUAGAUACAGGAUCUAGAACAGAUAAUCAAAGCGAUGAGAUGCAAGGAUCAUUACGAAGUCCUGCUGGCCACCUUGAUGCUCAGAGGAGAGGCUGAGUUGGUGGAAACCUGUUGAAGAGAGGUAUACUGGCAGUGGGGAGAGCUUAACUUGGAGGGAUUUUAUCAAAGACUUGUAUGAGACCUAUUUCUCCCAAGCUACACUUAAUAGGAAGGAGCAGGAACCUAAAUGAAUUGUGGCAGGAAGAUAUGACAGUAGAUCAGUAUCAGGCCAAAUUUAAUGAUCUGGUGCAGUUUGUUCCCGAUGUGGCUAAGGAUGAAUUGGCCAAGAUGAGAAAGUUUCAGAUUAGUCAGCGAACUUCCAUUGGAGAUUGGUAGUCUCAGCAGAACUAAGCACUUAUGCUGCUGCAGUGAAAAAGGCUCAAGUAAUUGAGCAAUAUCAAACUGCCAAGAAGGAAAAAAACAGUGAACAGGGAGGCAAAGGUGACACAGUCAGCAACCAUGUCCAACCUCAGAAUAAGAGGGUUGAGCAGAAGGGUAAAAGAAAGAGGGGUGUUCAACAAAAAAGUAGAGGCUCGGGAAUGCAAAGUGUGCCAUCAGAACAUGAGGGCAAAGACUGGGGUGCAUGUUUUAAGUGUGGGAAGCCAGGAAUUUAGCAAGAAAUCGCAGUGAGGACCAAACAGAUGAAAAAGAGACAGAAGGUGGUUGGAAGAGUGUAUGCCUUGAAUGAGCAAGGGAAUCCAGCUGUGAUUAGAGGUAAACUCC